AUGUUAGCAAUGUCGAGAUUAGAUCAGUCUGCCGGCCCCUCCUCCUCUACUAUUGUUGCUUCUCAGGUAGUACCCAACUCAAUGCAACCAUAUGUUUACGGCAGUACCACAACGUUUCCAACCAAUUUAAACUAUUAUACUAUACCGGAGAAUAAACCAAGUAUACUUUCUCGUACCUCGGCUACUCCGCAACAAUAUUCUAUGUACCAUCUUCAUGGACAAUCCUACACAACAGCAGCACCAUUUCAGCAACAGCUACCAUAUACAGGAACAGGAACAGCAGCAUCAGCAACAGCAGCAUCAGUACAACAGCAACAGCAACAAGCCUUUUCACAACAGCAGCAGCAGCAGAAUUUGCAACCGCUUCCCUUUUUAUUUGUAGCACAGGGUCACAACAAAGUUUACCAAUCACAAGAUGGAUCUUCUUCAUUUCCUGUUUACUAUGAAAGCUCAUCAAUGAAUCCAGUAUAUACCCAGCAGCACAAUAGUAAUCAAUUGGAAAACUCUAGCUUAAGCUCGACGUAUUCAUAUCUGCCGCAACAACACACAUCGUAUGUGACACCCCAGAUUUCAAAUUCACAAGUACAAGCAACAAAUUCACAAGUACAAGCAACAAAUUCACCACAGCGAAGUCCGAUUUCUAUGGCAUCAACAAAGAGUGGAUCGAUUUCAUCCACUUCAUCUGCGGCAUCUCUUUCUACAUAUUCGCAACCUUCUCACUACCAUAAUGGCAACUCUUCCGCAACUAAUUCAAAUUCCAGUUUCUCAAACCCACUGAAUAUUGAUUAUUCUUCAAUUGUUUCAUAUACAAUUUCUUCGUCUUUGAUACGUAAGAGGAGACAAAGGAAAACAAAUUUGGUAAACCCAUCUUCAAUAGGACCAGACUCUGUGAAUCUGCUUGGCUUGAGUGAAGUCUAUCCAUGUACUCAAUGUGACAAAGUGUUUCAAAAGCCGUAUAAUCUCAAAUCGCAUAUGAAAACGCAUUCAACAGAUAAACCUUUCCGGUGUUCAUAUUGUCCAAAGACAUUUGCAAGAAGUCACGAUAAGAAAAGACACGAAGUGCUACACCAGGGCGUGAAAAAUUUCAAGUGCGAGGGAUAUCUCCAGGAUGGUAUUACGCGAUGGGGAUGCGGUAAGAAGUUUGCAAGAAGCGACGCGUUGUCGCGCCAUUUUAGAACAGAGACUGGAUGGCUAUGUAUAAGACCAUUAAUGGAUGAAGCUAAGAAAUUAGAAGAGCAAGGUAUACCAUCGAAUUUGACAUCAAAUGAAAAUAAUGCUUCUAGGCCUCCUCAACUCACAGCUUGUUCAGCAGAGUACAAAUACAAUGGUGACGACGAAAUCUACGAUAAUUCACUGUUGAUUAGAAAAUUAAUUCACAAUAAACAAUACGAUAAGCAGUAG